CUUCUUUAAAUUUCGCCUCUGAUUCACUAGCCACUAGGAGCUACUCAAAGAGAGCAACAAAACCCAUCUCUCUCUCUUUGCAGCAACUCAUCAUCACACAUGGAUUCAUCAAAGAAGUCAAACAAGAUCACUGACAUUGUUAGGCUUCAACAGAUCCUCAAGAAGUGGAAAAAGGCAGCAACUUCGCACAAGAACAGCAAUGCCAGCUGCUCCUCCUCCACCACCAACACUAUCAAGUUCAUCAAGAGAACGCUCUCCUUCUCCGAUGUUUCUGCAGCAUCGUCAAAUGACGCAGUUCCCAAAGGAUUUCUCGCCGUUUGCGUUGGCAAGGAGUUAAAGAGAUAUGUGAUUCCUACAGAGUACUUGGGCCACCAAGCCUUUGGGAUACUGCUGCGAGAAGCAGAAGAGGAAUUUGGAUUUCAACAAGAAGGAGUGUUGAAGAUCCCAUGCCAAGUGUCUGUAUUUGAGAAGAUCUUGAAGGUGGUUGAAGAGAAGAGCGAUGUGUACUUGUUGCAUGAGUUAGGGUUUAAUAAUGUAGAGAUCAGUAGUUGUUGGUCAUCAUCUGAUUAUGAGUUAACACCUUCUCAUCAUCCUCAAAUGUGUAGAUGAAUAUAAUCUUUACUUAAUUUUAUCACCUAAACCUAAGUUUUUACUCUUCUAGUUUUUUUUGCCCUCCUUUAAUGUAUGAGGUAGGGGGUUGGUACGUACUUGGUGGUGGUGAUUUCAUUUCUUUUUUUUUUUUGGGAGAAGGAGUUGUAUUGUAAGAUGAGAGGGCAGGAGGAUGCCAUUUGCCCUAAUAAAUUAAACUCCUUGUUAUUGUGUGAUAA